GGUUCUCAGACUUGUGUAGCAACCCCCACUCUCUCACUCUAUGCACACACACACACACACACACACACACACACACACACACACACACACACACACACACCUAUAGCUCUCAUAUUUGAGCAUAUACUGUACGAAGACCUUCAUAUUUAAAUUCCACUAAUAUUUGGGAAAAUAUUUAGGCCUAUUACUCAUGUGAAAACUGCCAUUUUUGUAGUAUUUUGAAAUAUAUGCUGCAAAUAUGUACACGUAUGUGACUUUAUACCAGUGAAAACUUAUAUUUCAGAUAUAUGUUUUGUAUAUAUUGCCAUAUAUUAGAUUUCUGUAUGGGACUGCAUAACUUUAUGUGUGGGAUGUUUAGAUUCUUUUAAAUAUUUCAAUCAUUGACACUGCAUUUUGAAUAAGAAUUCUGCAGUGCUGUAUUUGGACUCUAAGUGCCGCUGUUUAACCUGUGUAGCCAUGCUCACUCGAGUAUUUUUAUCCCUCCCUUUAACAAAACCCAAAGCAAUGCUUAAUUCAGACCACAUCAACGUCUAACAUUGGAUGCUACACCAACAUACCGCCAAAUCACUUUUCAGUUUCAUCUGCAAGUUUUUUUUUUUUUCUCUCCCCACAAUAAGAUGCAUUUUAUUUGAAAGAUUCUCUAAAAUCAGCAUAUUUUUGCUUUAAAUGCUUCUUCUCGGUCUUUGUUGAUCAAACAUGGAGUCGCGAAGAAAAGGCUGUUUACAUGGUUGGCUGUUCUACACAGUAUGUGCGCUGGCUUUAUUUGCCACUGAUGUGACUGGACAAAUUCGUUAUUCUAUACCCGAGGAAAUGGCAGUGGGUUCGGAUGUUGGAAAUAUUGCUUCGGAUCUCGGGCUUGACCCGAAGAGACUGAUUUCAGGAAAAGCGCGUGUGUUCACCGCGGACAGCAGUGAGUACAUUGGUCUGGACAAGGAGAACGGACAUCUGGUUAUUAAGAAUAAAAUAGACAGAGAAGAACUAUGUGGAGAGAUAUCGGCCUGUAGUGUAAGUUUUGAUGUAAUUUUGGAAAACCCGAUGGAGCUUUAUCGAGUUACAGCUGACAUACAAGACAUCAAUGAUAACAGCCCCGUCUUUCCGAAAUCUAAAAUCGAACAGGAGAUCAGCGAAUUAGCGGUACUUGGGGCGCGUUUUCCAUUAGAGAGCGCAAUAGACCCGGACGUGGGAUUGAACACGCUCCAGAAAUAUACUCUUCAUCCUACCGAUCAUUUUAAACUGAAUGUUCAGAAUGGUGAGGAUGGUAGCAAAAAUGUCGAGAUGGUUCUUCAUUCUCCCUUAGACAGAGAAAAGAAACAACAUCAUAAUUUGAUUCUAACGGCUUUCGAUGGUGGAAAACCACAAAGAUCUGCAACUGUGCAGAUUAAUAUCGUUGUACUUGAUGCCAAUGACAAUGCACCUGUAUUUAGCCAGUCGUCGUACAAAACAUCAGUUGCUGAAAAUGCAGCCAAAGGCACAAUCGUGACAACAGUUAGUGCGACCGAUGCUGACGAGUCAAGUCACAGUAUACAGUACUAUUUUGAACACGCGACCGCUACUGUAAAAGCAUUGUUCACAAUCGAUGCGGACUCUGGUGAGGUUACAGUCAUGGGUGAUAUUGAUUAUGAAAAAAACAAGCAGUUCAAAAUAAAAGUCAAAGCUAAAGAUCAUGGCGGAUUGACUGACUCAAGUGAGAUAAUUAUCGACGUCAUUGAUGUAAACGAUAACAAACCAAAAAUUACAGUAAUGUCUUUUUCCAGUGCAGUAUCUGAGGAUGCAGCACCUGGAACCGUUAUAGCAAUGAUAAACGUUCAAGAUCUGGACUCUGGUGAAAACAGUAAGAUUGCUUGUUCUAUUGGUCUUAACUCUCCAUUUAAAAUUGUUUCAUCUUUAACCAAUUAUUACAACCUGGUGACAGACUCAGGAUUAGACAGGGAACAGACAGCGGAGUAUAAUAUCACUAUAACUGCUGUAGAUGCAGGCAACCCACCUCUUUCCAGUAAAGAGAUUUUGAACCUUAAGAUAUCUGAUGUGAACGAUUACGCACCUCAAUUUGAGCAGGAAUCAUAUCAGGCCUUUAUAGCUGAGAAUAACCCACCAUUUACAACUAUUCUAUCAGUUAAAGCAGAGGACAUGGACUGGGGAACCAAUGCCAAGGUUUCAUAUAUUCUUAUUGAUGGAGAUUUGAAUGGGGCACCCCUAGCAUCUUACAUUUCUAUAAAUUCAGAGACUGGCGUGAUCUCUACAGAAAAAUCAUUUGAUUAUGAACAGCUGAAAUCAUUCAAAAUACAGGUAAAAGCUCAAGAUGGGGGCUCACCUCCUUUAUGCACCAAUGUGACUCUGGACAUCAUCAUUCAAGAUCAGAAUGACAAUGCUCCUCAGGUUCUGUAUCCAGUACAGACUGGUGGUUCUGUGGUGGCUGAGAUUGUGCCUCGUGCGGCAGAUGUUGGAUAUCUUGUCACUAAAGUGGUGGCUGUUGAUGUGGACUCUGGACAGAAUGCCUGGCUCUCCUAUAAACUACAAAAAGCCACAGACAGAGCGUUGUUUGAAGUUGGGUUACAGAAUGGAGAAAUAAGAACCGUGCGACAGGUGACUGAUAAAGAUGCUGUGAAACAAAAACUGACUGUUGUUGUGGAAGAUAACGGACAGCCGUCUCGUUCAGCUGUAGUCACCAUUAACGUGGCCGUUGCUGACAGCUUUCCUGAAGUGCUGUCCGAAUUCACAGACUUUACACAUGACAAAGAAUACAACAACAACCUGACUUUUUAUUUAGUCUUGGCUCUUGCAGUAGUAUCCUUGCUUUUCAUCAUCUCAAUUAUUGCAAUAAUUUCUGUGAAAAUCUACAGAUGGAGGCAGAAUAAGUUAUUUUACAAAUCUGCUGCAAAUCUACCUGUAAUUCCAUAUUACCCACCAGUUUAUGCGGACGGCACAUUGCAGCAUGUGUAUAAUUAUGAAAUGUGUGGGACUACUGACUCAAGGAUGAGUGACAUCAAGUUUGUCAGGCCCUAUAGUCAGAACACACUGGUGAGCCAGAGUCGCUUGGGGACAGUUCAGAGAGAAAAGACGGAGCAGGAGAAUGAUGUCCUAACUUUAGAGCAAAAGCCACCUAACACUGACUGGCGAUUUCCCCCAAACCAGAGGCCUGGACCCAGUGGCCAACACAGGUUCCACACCUUGCAGCAGAGAUGGACUCCCUACGAGAAGUCCAGGGCUGGAGCCCGUCCUGAAGAUGCAGGUGCUGGUGCUGGUGUGAUAGCAGGAACAGGACCAUGGCCCAACCCCCCUACUGAAGCUGAACAGAUCCAUGCUCUGAUGGCAGCAGCGAAUGCAAGUGAAGCCACUGCAACUCUCGGCCCUCGCUACAAUCCACAGUAUGGUCCUGACUACCGCCAGAAUGUCUACAUCCCAGGCAGUACUGCUACCCUCACUGCCAACCCUCAGCAACAGAUACCCCAGCAGGCCCUGCCUCCUCCCCAGGCUUUGCCCCCCGCUGAAGCCCCCAAGUCAGCUCAAACACCCGCCAGCAAGAAGAAGCCCACUAAGAAAGACAAGAAGUAAGACAAGUGGAAGCACUAUCAGAGCUGCAGGAUUCCGUUCCUGGAAUCUGAGCAUCUCUCCUCACUAUGUGUCUUUUAAUCCACAAUCUUGAUGGAAGAAUGCAACAUCCAUAGUUUUAUAGAUUGCGUUCACGUCUGUGGUUUUCGUUUGGGUUUUUUUUAAAUCUCCCUUUUUUUAUUUAUUGUGUUUUUGAUGAUACUACAGUAUCUUUCUCAAUAACCCAAGCUGAGUAUUUCUUGCCUUCUUGCUUAAAUGGGACACUGAUCGACUGAGCAAGAAGAGAUGCGUUCAGAUUCCAUUAGCUCUUUCUUUGACAGAUAACUGUCCUGUAAAUAGUAUUACUAAAACAAGAAGAAAACAAACAGUUCUUCUUUAUUUUUUUCAAUAUGUCAUGUUUUAGUUUUUUUGCGUGCUUUUCAGAGCAAAGUAGAUGCUUCUUGUGGUUACAAUAAUGAACUGCUAUUAGGCUUUUUGAGGAGAUGUGCCACAGCCCUCAUCUUGACUGGAAAAAGUAUUAAGUAUUGAGCUGAACUAUGCAGGGCAAAGGAGAUCUUUCAAAAACAAGGGGACAUGUUAAAAUAUAUUAAAGUUGUUUUCAGAGUAAGAGAAUGCAUUUACAUUGUCUAACAGCAGAAGGUAAGACAUUGGACUGUUGGCAUUGUAUAGAGAAAAAAAAAAAGGUUCGUAAUACCCAGAAAAUCAGAGUUGAAUGUUCGGUUAACACGGUUUUACUAUUCAUUGUUAUUAUUUACUGUUAGUGUGGUAUAUGAAUCCUUUGGGAUUGCAUUCAGUAAUGUAAGCAGUGUUAUUAAACCUUGGAAUAAUUGGCUGGUAUCCCUGCCUUCGUAAGGUCAAUGUUAGAGAAUCAUUUGGCUCACAGUGAAUAAGGGUUCUGUAUAAUGCUUAAGGAGGUGGAUUGGUGAGGUCUUUGUACCCUGACUUGUGUUGAAGUUGGUGAAAAAGAUAAGAGAUGUGAACAGUUGCUAGAGAUGCCCAGGAAAGAAACAGCCCAUGGUGAAUAAAAUGGCUGAAAUGGACUUCAGCAAACCAAGACAGUAAAUCUUUUUAUUGUUGAGCUGGCAGUGAACACGAGAAGCACAGAAGAUUGACAAAUGAUCAACUUAGGGGUCAUUCAGACUGAAUGCGUUCUUGUGCUACAAAGGCUAGAUGCAGCGCACCUAAAAAGUUUGUGAUAACUUGACAUGGUUCCUAAAAAACACGGCACUCCUGUGGAAGAUGAUUAAAAACGUGAGACGUGGUGCAACGGUCAAAAUGUCUAUCUAGCAACAAGGAAAAAAUGCGUAUAGUGUGAAUGGCCCCUUAGACGCUGCACUGUCCUUGAAUGGAUCCCAUAAUGAAAAGGAAUUCUAUCCAUUGUUCUGCACCAACCUUUACCACAGUGUAUAUAAAAUGUGUAUCCUGUCUGUACAAAAACUAGAGCCACAAGGGCUGGCCAUUACAGGAAUGUUUCAGUAUUUUUUAAAAAACGCAACAAAAAUACAAUAUAAAAAGGUAAAUUUGUAGGACAAAAAGCUUCAAGAUCAUUGACUAACCAAACUGUACAUACUACUCAAAACUUCUGAAGACAUGCAAUCGUAGCUAAAGGCUUGUGGAGUCUGUGCAUAUUUUUGUGUUUUUCCCUAGAUUAAACUUUCUUUCCUUUUCUCCAAUCACAUAAACUUUGAAAGAUACCAAAUGAUACUUAUGGUCUUUAGAGUAACACCCUCCCCACAUGUUACUGUACUUUUCUGUGCUUGUAUUUCCAAUCAGUCAGUAAUGAUACUGGAAUGCCACCCCUGUCUGUUUGACUAUGAAUAUCUAUCUAUCUAUAUAUAUGUCUGUCUGCUGCUUGGCUACCUUUCUGUAUUUGACUGUGAUUCCUUUUAAGAAAUUCUUUGCACCUCAUGUUACACUUUUAUUUUAUAAGCUAAUAUUUACAUUGCUGUUGAUUUAUGUUUUACUUUAUUAUUGGAACACUUACAUUUGAAAUAAAAUUUUGUCAGAACUCACA